GCCUGACCCCGCCAUACGACUGGCGUCUGACGUGAGCCACGUCUGCUACAUCAGCGUCUCGCGCUCGUGAGCACAAGUCUUUAUCCUGGCUAGCAACCAAACAACACAGCAGACGUCAACCGUUCUUUGUGCCGCGCACAUAACAGCGCUCCUUUAAUUUCAUUUGGUGCCUCCGUUCUUUGAAAAAUUUCUGAUUCUUGGUCUUUUAUUUGAACCUAACUGUCAUUCUGAUUGCCUUGACCCUUGACCAAAUCAACCCCGUGUCAGCCUGUUCUAAGCUGAUCGACUCUUCUAGAACAACACACAUUUAAGUUGAUCAAGCGCCCUAAGUUUAACGGGAAUCACGUGAUCUCUAGCAGUUGUUUGCUGAUGUGAGAUCAAACCUACGGCUGUGAUAUUUAAUCAGGUGAAACGUGCGUGGUGCUGCCUGGAUUCGUUCCCUGUCCUCGACCAUGCUCCUUACUCCCAGACAAGAAGACUACUACAACAUCAACAACAACAACCAGAGCCCCCAGCAUCGUGGCCACAUGGCCGACAACCUGGCCUGCCAGCUCACGGGCCAACUGAUGGCCAACUCCACAAAGUGCUACUCCCCCCGCCCCUCCCUCAAGUCCAAAGUCCCGCCCCACAUCACCAUCUGCCCACCCGACUCAGUGGACGGCCACGAUUUCAUCAACUACAUGCCGGACGAUGAACUGGACAACGACGCCUUCCAGCCGUCCAACUCAUCCUCCCACCCCUCCUCGUCGUACUCUGACGAGAAACACGAGGUGCAUUCUGGGAGGCUGUACCUCAUCAGACACACGGGAGGGGCGGCCUCGUCCUCGCCGUGUGCCUCCCCCACACGGUCCCCCUCCAAGGCCUCCCCCUUCAAGCUCUCCACCUCCCCCCUGUCGAGCUCCCCCACCUCCUCCCCCAGCAGAAAGAUGUCCGUCUUUGUGCGUGUGUACCGCUGCAACAUGGACCACUUCGCCGUCAUAUCACGUGACUGUCUCUACACCAGCAAGCCUGUCUACGUCAACAUGCGACACUGCCGGGUCCUGCCGGGCGACUGCCUGGGCCGGUUCAUCGUUGCCGGCAAAUGUGACUCAGGAAACGUCAUCGAGUUCGAGACCCUUGACCUCUCGUCCCUGGAGCAGUGGCUGGACGCCUUCCAGACCCUGACGCCCCCGGCCUCGCCCAACCGUGUCGCGGGGGGCGGCAACCCCGGGGUGACGGGGGGCAACAGCAGCCCGUCCAUCCCCCGGAGUCCGGCGCUCCCCACCCUGGCGGAAACAGACGAGGAGGACUGACCCUGCGGCUGGUGACGUAGUUUCCUCCAGAACGUCGAUGACGUCAGCUUGUCCACGCUUCACAGACGUGAGGUGGAGCAUCUCGUGUCUGCCGCAGACGACCCUUCUCCUGGCAGACAGCAGCAGACUCCAGACUUCCAGGCGAGCCCCCAGCCCGCCCCUGCCCGAGGCUUUUGUUGACUUGUUGUGAACCAAAAAAACUGGUGCAUCUCAUGAACUGUUUCCAAACUUUCAUUUACCGCCCCUUAUCAAAGAGAAAAAUUCUACUCUAUUUUUAUAUUUCUGGUAUUUUAAACUUUUUCAUUCACUGUGAUCGGAUUGUGAUGAUUAUGGACAAAAUUGUACUAUUAUUUUGAUUAUGUUCAUUGUUGUCAAUUGGAUUGAUGUUGAUUUACAUUUGGUGUGUUCAUUUAUACACAUUGCUACGUCACAUUGCUGCGUCACAUUGCUGCGUCACAUUGUCGCUGCACAUGUUUGGUUCGCACAUGAGAUUGUAUUUGCUUCACUUCAUACUAGUUUUAUUCCAUCUAUUUUUUAAGCUCCAUCUGGCUUUAUGUAGGGAUGUGAGGAUGGGGGAGAGUGCUGGUGGGGAGAGGACAUUGAGGUGAGAUGUGGUUACAGUUUGGUGACAGCACCACCAACCUCCAGCUAGUCCCAAACAUUGAGUUGCCUGAUCAUUAGCAGCCGCUUUAUGUUUUGGCUCGUUGCCUUCUGGUUCAAGUUUUUCAUCGUUUUGUUUGUUUCGUGUAGAGACAGACUGAUCACGUCAUAAAGUCUUUCUUUUCAUUUCGCUCAUUGUCUCCAUUUUAGCUGUGCAUUUUUAAUUAAUGGUGAUUGUAAAUAAGUGUUGCGUAAUUCAGCUGAGUUUUCCGAUAAGGCAUUUGCUGUGACGACACCGGCCUUAAUUAACAUUCCAUUAAUUAAGUUGUUGUUUUAAAUUCGAUAGUGAAUAGCCUGACCGCCAUCUUAACUAUGUUGGCGGCAAAGGUUCUAAAUCAGAUGUACUUUAGGGUAAGGUGGGG